AUGAAGAGUACGAAACGAAAAGAUCACAAUAUAACGCAACUAAUCCGCUAUGCAGAGUCAUUGGAUUCAAAGGUAUCCGAGGAUUCUCUAGAAGCAUUGCAAGGCCUGAUUAGUCAAGGAGAAGGUAUUAGUCAACUGGUAACUUGCUAUAUACAAAAUCGAUCAUCUAUAGCAGUGGAAUUACUUUGUAAUGAUUUUUUGGCCAAAAAUACUCUACCUGUGCUUACACUUCUCGGACAACUAAUACAAAAAACCCCAAGUUGGUUACCAAAGCUUGCUGAGCAUUCACUUUUUGAUCAUAUCUUGAAGUUUAUUCGGCCAUCUGAGAACAUUGUUGUGGUCGUAUCCGCGAUCCUUCUUGUAUCCGCCUUGCUUCCACAUUUUGCUGGUCCAAAAAAAUCGAUAUUGCUGAACCUAUUUCGUCUACUAAUUGUAGCCUGUAAUAUGCUUUAUAACUUCAAGAAAUUAUUUGAUCAACAGAAAGCAGAUGUCAUUGAAGGAAUAUAUGUGUCACAUCUGUAUAGUGCAGUAAUCCAAUAUUUUAUCGUUUUAUAUGGAAUUUAUCCUGCAACUUUAGUAGAAUACUUGAGAAAUCAUAUAAAUGUUGUGGAUGGUCGAGCAAUGCAUGUACUUAAAGCAUUAUUUUCUGCUGUGAAAUUCCAUCCGAACAUAUUAAGUGCUACUGUUGAACAGGAACUAGAUCGAAAUCGCUGGAAUCAGCGUGAAGCGCACGAUUUUUUAGCUGAUUGUCGACACGUGCUUGUACGGCCGGUCUUACCAGCAUUUGUUAAAGUUGGCAAAUUAAUCUCGUCGAAUCACACGUUAGAAACAUCGAGUUCAACAUUGUCCUACGUAUCACAGCUACCAGAUCUAAACGAUUUAUUCCCAACAGAAACAGAUUCAUCAUCAUCCAAUUCACUGGGUACUUCCUUCGAUCAUUGGAAUGAAGAAGAUGCUUGGCUAGAAUGCGGAAAAAGCGAUUCGGAUAUUCUUCCGGACUCAAGAUCUGGUUCAUUAGAUAACCGUGUUUCAGAUAUAGUCAUAACUUUUUCCACAGAAUACUUUUCAUGUAAAGAAUCAAGUACACGACGAGCAACAGCUGGUGCAACAGAUUCGAAACACGUAAGACGAUCCUCCUUGACACAGAAGUUUAAUGAUUUUAUUCGAAGACGUAAGUCACGAACUCUGUCGGAUGAACCGUUGCUUCAUAGCUUACCACUACCCAGAACAUUUCUGGUUACAGCAAGAGAUGGAACAAUAAGUAAUGAACCAAUUGAAGAAAUUUUUGUGCGCGAAGAUGUCCGAAAACGCAGUGAUGAGACUGGACAUAUCGAAGAAGGUGUAGAUGCUCGAGAAAUUUGUUCACCUUCUAUCCCAUUUUCAUCAAUACAGCCUUCAGAAGAUUCAUUUGCAAAUACUCCUGCAACAAUUGUACCGCUGGAAAGCAUGCAUCAGCCACAAUCCAAAGCGUUUGUUCCUUCGGAUGCCUUUGGGAAUCGCGAAGUUGAAAUUUUUUCAUCAACGAACAGUGCAACAAGCGCUGGUGCUGUCAAAACUUUUCCGCAAGAUAUCGAUGCUGAUAAUACAGAAACUAUUCGUUACCGAAAGAUAAAAGAAUUUAAAAUGAAUGAAGCCAAAGGACCGGGCGGAAGCAUUUCUAAUGAGAGCGCGAAUCGUUUUUCGGUAACUUCGUUUUUUCGAAAAGUGAAUCGUCAACGAUUCAUAAAUGGAUGUUGUCAUAAAAAAAGUGAAGUAAUUGAUUUCCUUGGUCAUCUGGGGAAUUUCUCGCAAACGCAAUUGCUUCGUGCUUUUUCUUGUCCUGAUCUAUUACAUGUUCCGGAAUUGGGUGAUAAAGAAAAAAUAUGCAGUUUGAGUGAUUUGAAGCAACGGCAGUUUAUGGUCGCAAGAAAUAUGGAGUUCUCUGUUGAAGAUAUUGAAGAGCUAAUUGCUCAAAAAUAUCCUUAUCUUCCUUUUCUGCAAACUCUUCCUUUUUCUCUAAUUGAUGAAGAAAACCUAAAUGAAGAAUUGAAAUGCGAGCAUGAACGUACACGUCAAAAUUACAUAGAAGCAAGUGCUGAUUAUCAUACAUGCUUAAAACAGCUUGGCUUAGCCGAUCGUCUGCCAGCAACAAUUUAUGAUGAUAUGUUUCAACAACUUAAGGGUCUUUCGGCUGAAACUCAAAUAAAAAUUCUCAAUGCCCGACUGGCACUUGUUAAUCAGCAUUUAUUGUACGAACGUUGUGGAAGAUUGCUUCAUGCCGAACGAAAUCGUCGACUUUUUGGCCGUCUGAAACAGCAGAAAUCAUUGGAAUCGGAAAAGAUAUCUCUCAGCGUGGCUCUUCACAAUGCACAAGUUGAAAGAGAACAACUGAUAAAUGCUUUAACAGAUCUCCGGAAGCGAGGCAAUGUAGAACGGUCAAAACGGGGAGAGAUUGAAAAGAGAUAUUGUGAGACGAUAAAGACUUAUCGCAAUGAGGCAGACCAUUACUUGGCUCUUCUAACGAAUUUGAAACUGAAGAUGGAAUCUAUGGUUGAAAGCAACAAUCAUCGACAGGUUGAAUUAGAAGUAUAUAAAAGAAGAUCUGAGGACACGGAAAUGAAGUUAUUAUUUGCGGAAUCAAAACUGGAGGGAAUUGAAACUUUAAAAACGGAACUUAAAAAUGCUCAUCAAAUUAAUCAACAACUCAGGGAUGAAGUUUCACUGCUUCAAAAACGAUUAGAAGAGGAGAGCUUUGGGUCAAAGUCACGGAUUAGGUCAAUGGAACUUGACACUUCGCAAAUAGUAGCUGAGGUAGUGCGAUUGAAGAGUUUAUUGGUCAGUGAAGAAAGAGCGAAGGAAUCUGCAAAGGCUAAAGCUCGGAAGUACGAAGAUGAAUUAAUGAUUGAGAGGAGGCGCUGCACUGAAUUCAGUGCUGUCUUUGAAAGAGCCAAAAAGGAGAUCGUGGCACUAUCAAAUUCCGAAAAAUUGGUAAGCAUUGAACCGCAGAUGUUGUUUCCAAGAAGUUCUCUUAGCGAAAUGUGUUUUUCGAAUAGCAGUUCACAGGGAAGUUUUUUUCCAUCUGAAUUAUUUGAUGAAGAAAAUGAAAGUGAUAAUGAUAGCGAUGUACAUAUUCAUGAUAGUGAUACCGUUGUAUCAUUAUCGAAGAAUGACCCCAAAGAUGGAGAAAAAUACAAAAUUACGGCUUUAACGCACAUCGAAUUAAAGCAAUUAUUUUUAGAAAAAACUGCAUAUUAUGGUCGUUUGCAAGGUAAAAUCAUUAAUUAUCGUAUUGCUCAAUAUCCACGUAAGGAAUUACAUCAAAAUAUGGAUGAAGUGAAAUUUAUGGAAUAUGUCAAUGUUGCUGUACGUAAAGCUAUCAAGUUGUGGGAAGAAGUAAUUGAUGUUAAAUUUAUCGAAUGGCAUCGUGAAAAAGCAAAUAUUGAAGUAAUAUUUACAACAUUUUAUCAUGGUGAUAAAUAUCCAUUUGAUGGAAGUGGAAAUGAAUUAGCGCAUACGUUUUAUCCAAAUGAUCUCAUAUGGCAUGGACAAAUUCACAUCGAUGAUAGCGAACCAUGGGGUCCAACUGGUGGAAAUUUGGAUUGGGUUAUGGCACAUGAAGUAGGUCAUGCCUUAGGCCUUGUUCAUAACAAUGAUGAGUCAUUGAUGACAUCACAUUAUCAUGGCUUCAAAGGAACAGUGCCGAAAUUGCAUCCAUGUGAUAUCGCUGCGAUACAGUCAUUGUAUGGUUCGUUUAUAUCGUUUGCUUCUGUUAGCUAA